GAUGCUUCUAGAAGUUGGUGGCAUUUGGAUUUCUUCUUCCGUCCUUAUCGCACAGUAGCUUCGUCCUUAUCUUACUCAUUGCGAGGAUAGGGAAAAACAAUUUAUACUAUUCACCGUUAGAUGACGAGUCGAGUCAAUUUUGUGCUCUGCGAAUCUCUAUCCUUGCCUUAUAUAUUAUGGGGGUCGAAAAAAAGUCUAAGCCGAGGAUUUAAUUUUGAAUAUGAUCAAUUGAAAACAUUAUUUCUGUUUUCUUUAAACGCUUACUAAAAUUUAGUUAUAUAUUAUUUUUAAUUACCCUGAUACUCACCAUAAUUUGUUGAGAAAUAAAUAAAUAAAUGUAAAUUGUAAUUCUUUUCAAAUGAGAGAAUGGUACAGAACGUAUUUGGUGCGUUUACUUCAUGUUCCUACGUUAAUCAGUUUUCAUGUUAACAUUAUUUAUUGUAAUCGUAAUUAAAAUAACUGUUAAUUUCCUUAUUUGAACAAAUAUUUUAAUUGAUGAUAUUACGAGAUCAUAUAUGAUUAUAUAGAUAAUAAAAUUGUAGAAACACUUUAAUUGAACACAAGAUUUCGCGGGUAAAUUUUACGGCGUAUACUGACAGACGUAAAAUAUUGAAGAGCAUUAAACAUUAAAUGUAAUUAUAGUACAAUGCAAAUACAAUUAUAGAAUAUUUACAAAAUUAUAAAAAUUUAAAAUUUAAAUAUGUAAACUAAACUUUUAGUUGAAACAAAAAAGGUGUUUUUAUUAUAAAUUUUUCUACGACAGUAAAUAUAAUAAAAAAUAAUGAUUAUUAAGCUGGCUAAAGUGAUAAAUUGUUCCUCAGAACAUCCAUCAUAUCCUGCGUCUAAUCUUCUUCAACAUCGUUCAAAUUCAUCAUGGCGAUGUGCCAAACCAGGAGAAAUGCUUGCUACAGUCAUUUUUCAAUUUGCUGAACCAUCUUGUAUUACAGGCUUAGAUAUUGGUAAUUAUCGUAGCUGUGUUGUAAUAGUUACUGCUUCCACAUCUACAGAGCCUGACAAUUGGAUUCCAAUAGUAAAUUACCAAUUUUUAUCACAUGACGAGGCUGCAAAUGACAAAUUUAAAGAUCAAGUACAGAUAUUUACGAAAAAGGAAUUAAAUCCUGAGACAAUAAAAUUGAAGUUUGAUCGAGUUAAAAUAACUUGCAUGCAGUCUGCAAAUUUGAAAGUAUUAUUUGGUUUGUCUUUUAUUGUAUUUAAAACAGAAGUUGUUGUUGAUUUGGGAUUAGAUGUCUUUGGAAGGUUUAAGUUAAAACAAUUUGAAGAGGACAAUAAUAAAUUUUCUAUGAAUGAUUUCAAAGAAAAAUAUCUCAAAAUGACUGAUAAUAAGAAACCAGAUUAUAAAGGUGAAUUGAUCGCAAAAAUUAAAGAAACCAGUAUGAACAACUUCUCCAAAAGGCAAGAAGAAAACAGAGAAUUAAUGAAAAGGCCAUUACUAGAGAAAUUAGAAGCUGGAAAAGCAGCUGAAGUGUUUGAAACUAAGAAUCAAGAUUCUAUUAAUUCACCUUUAACAAGUUCUGUCAAAAUUAAAGAUCAGAAAGUAACAGAAUCAAAUGAUAAACCAGUGCAGAGAACACCAUUUGGUGAUAUUAUACCUAUAUCAUCAUCUAAAAUAAAUAAAAAAAAUUUGAGUGAAGAGAGUCGAAGAUACAGUACGAAUUCAAAAAAACGUUUGUUAAGCCCUGAAGCAAGCUCAUCGAAGGAGAACUUAAUUAAAAAGAAACAAAAUUGUUCUGAGUGUCAAGGCGAAGAUAAAAUAUGCAAAAAUUGUGGACGAUUACCACAACCUAAGCCGAGCCCGAAACCAGAAAAACCUAUGGAGAAGAGAAGUCUUAAAACACAGAAGCCAAAGAAAUUAUUUUCAAAGCUUUUUGAAGACAUUAAAUUUUCUCUCAGUGGAUAUGUGAAUCCACAAAGAGAUGAAAUUAGGAGGAAAGCACUAAAAAUGGGAGCAAAGUAUGUUGCUGAUCCUAAUACAACAAAUAAUAAAUGCACUCAUUUAAUAUGUGCCUUCAAGAAUACACCAAAAUAUCAACAAUUAAAGGGUCAUUCUAAGAUUGUUUUACACACUUUUAUUGAAGAAUGUUUCAAUGAGAAAAUAAGAUUUCCUUGGAGGCGUUAUGCUUUAGACAACAAGGACAGAACUGAACCAGAAAGUGAAGAAGAAAUUGUGGGUAGUUCCUCACCACCCAGGUCUAAUGCAUUUGAAGAAGAUACAGACUCUGAUUCUAAUUAUUAAAUAUAAUUAAAUUGUAUAUAAAUAUUGAUGCAAACGAAAAAUAACUGCUGGCAGAAUAUAAUAUACCAUGUAUAUAAGAUACAAGUGUUCUAUAUAAGUGUACUUAUUUUUACAUAUUUUCUGUAUUCAUGUCAUGUAAAAAUUCUGUGUUUAAUAAUCUCAUAUUUGAAUGAAAGCUUAAGAGAAUUGAAAUAAUUUGGUUUUAAUUUAUAACAUUAUUUGUGACGAAAAUAAAUAUU